CGGGACUCGCUCGUUCAAUCAGCACACCUGUUUGUUUCUUGAAGGUAUAUUAUACCUGUUCUCCAUCACUAUCAGACAGUCAUUUGUCUCGAGGUAGAUGGGGAUGGUUCACACGCAUUAACGUCCAUUGGCUUAGAUCGCGUCGAACCCCUACUCGGUUGCUCCAACUCUAGCUGGUUGAUGUUACUACGCGCAAUGUGUUCGGACAGUCGCCCGAGCCCAUCCACCUCGCAAAAUUGAUGAGCCUGCUAUAGAUGUCUUCGAGAUGAAAGCGUCAUAUCGGACUCCCAGUGAUCACUCCCUAAUGUCUGGAUUGAGCGUCUGAAACCCAACACCUCGUUGAGGCGUCCUUCGGUUGGAGGCGACUGGUCCUCCAUACUGAACCAAACAAAAACUAUUACUCCAGGCUUUAAUUCCGCAAGUCACAACAAUGGCGGACCUUACAGAACCUCGGCCGUUGACGUCGGCAUACGAAAGCCCGACUUUCGGGGAGGAUAGUUCCUUCCAUGUGGAACAACCCGUGGGUUCGAUGUCAGUCUCGCCCUGCGGACGGGAUGUGGUAUUGGCCUCGAAGGAAGGACUCCACAUCAUUGACUUGGAUUCGCCAUACUCCCCGCCUCGAUACCUCCCUCACCAUACACCAUGGGAAGUCGCAGAUGUUCAGUGGUCACCGUUUCCCGCUCGAGACUCUUGGGUGGUGAGUACGUCAAAUCAGAAGGCGCUAGUGUGGAAUUUGGGCAUGAAGUCCUACCAAAACUCCAUCGAGCAUGUCCUGCACGCCCACACUCGAGCGAUCACCGAUGUCAACUUCUCCACCCACCACCCCGAUGCCCUGGCGACCUGCGCUGUCGAUAGCUUUGUCCACUGCUGGGAUUUGCGACUUGCGUCACGCCCUGUCAUCUCAUUUUCCGAUUGGUUUGCUGGUGCCACUCAGGUCAAAUGGAGCCGACAGGACCCCAACAUCAUUGCCAGCUCGCAUGAUCGGUUUCUACGGAUAUGGGACAAGAGAAAGGGGACGUACCCGAUCAGAUCUAUCGAGGCGCACAACACCAAAAUCUAUGGGGUUGAUUGGAAUAGGGUUCGUCCAGGGGCACUUGUGACAUGCUCUUUGGAUAGAACCGUCAAGUUUUGGGAUUACACUGUCGAGGGGGAUGUCCCCGAAAAGGUCAUCAAGAUGCCUUUCCCAGUAAGGCGAGCUAGGAACACCCCGUUCGGAUGGGGUGUGUUGGCCAUGCCACAGAGAGGAGAUGGUGACCUGCAUUUAUACAGUCGCAGGGUUGAAGAAGGCAUUGACACUGACGAAGACGUGUCUCCGGUUCAUAGCUUUCCCGGACACAAAGGCCAGGUGAAGGAGUUCGUUUGGAGAGCGCGCGGGGGUGAGACAGAUAGACUCGACGAUCGAGACUUCCAGCUCGUAUCUUGGGGUACCGACCGUGAACUCCGUCUGCACAAAGUUGGCCCCGAAGUGUUGCAAAAAGUUGGAUACGAAAAAGGGAAAUCGUACGCCCCGAACAUGAAAAUAACACGCAAGGGUGCCGUUUAUAGAUCAUUCCGGGACACAAAUGCUCAUCAAGAGUUUGAUGACUUGGAGUCCAUCCCGUCUGCCUUCCAGGCCGGUGCGCCUCAACCCUCGAUUGGCAUGGGGCCGAACACCAUUUCAGUCCCAUACCCUCGUGGCUGGAAUCAGCGAGGCAACGCAGAUUCGAGGGUGGGGAUGCAGGGCAGGUCGAACUUCCGGGCCGAUACCAACCCAAUCUCCUGGAUGCGGGGUGUGAAGAUAUCUGGAUGGGAUAUUGAGACCCUGGGAGAUGAGAUCACUCAUGUGGGCGAGAAAUUUACCAAAGUUGCCUUUGAGUCCGUUGAUGUCAGGCAGCGGAAAGCCACCAUAUCCCUCCAUGGACCUUGGGGUGUUGAUGGUGCCUCCCUUUUCCUCAAGGUGGAUAUCAAAUUCCCCGUUGAUUAUCCGAAGGCGUCGACGCCCGCAUUCCGCGUGCAAAAAACCACCGGCGUCACGGACCAGCUGACCGAUAAGAUAAUCGCCGAGCUCCGGACAAUUUCCGAGACCUACCUUUCCCACGAUCGAGGGUGUCUUGAAGGCGUUGUCCGCUAUCUCUUGGGGGAGAGCAGUCUGGAAGAAAGCAUCGCAUGGAUCUUGGGUGAGACUGCUGAAACGGUCAAGUCACCUGUCAAUGGCGAGAUCGACGGAGACGAAUCUAGUGAUGAAGACGAGGUUGGCUUGUCCCACAGUCAGGAGCUUGGAAUGAGCUCCGAACUCCUUCGACCGGUCAAUGCGAAUGUGAACGUCCCUGUAGCCAAGGUAUGCGGUGCGCUAUGGUCGAACGAUGGCCGUUUGGUGUGCUUCUUUCCGUCUAAAAAGGACAAAUCGGCUUCUCUGUUGGAGAACCUAGGGUUCAAGGAGAUGACGAGACUGUCGAGAGCCGAUAAAGUCUUUGAGGGGUUUGGUCGUUUGCAAACGAAUUCUCCAGGGCCUCGGCCCACUGGAACGAUUACGAGCACGGAUGAUGGUACAUCUGACUACUCUGACGAUUCGGACGCUGAAUCCUCAAGCUCUUCGGGGUCCUCUGGUAUAUUGUUGGGACUUCAGCACCGAUUUCCAACGCCCCAAACGUGGCGCAGUGCCGGUAGCAUGGGACUCUACCGACCACGCUCUACAGAUAACUCCCAGAGAUCUACUGCGGGGGCUAUGACUUCCAAAUCCUCUGAGCCUCCGCAGAACAUGAUCUCAAUCCACGAUUUAAGUGACCUGCUUCCCUCAAAACGCGACCUAGCAAGAAAGUACCGCAUUUGUGGGAAGGGCACCGAUGUAUGUGCCCAUAAUUGUUCUGUGGCCCUCGAUCAUGGCUAUCAUGAACUAGCCCGGAUCUGGGGUCUGCUUAGAUCAAUCUUGCAUAACUCCAAGGAAGCCAUUCUCCCUCCUGACCCAGAAAAUGCCGAGACCAAAUAUCUCAUGCGAAGGAAGGACAGCGCUGUGGACUUGAGCUACGACAUGAACACUAACCAACCUCCGAAAGAACCAUCUAAUGGGAUGGUUUCAUGGGGUGAUCAUCCUUUUGGAAGCCGGUGGCUCAUACCGGCUCUUUUUGAACAUUUUGAACGGAAUGGCGACGUGCAGAUGGUCGCAAUGCUAUCUUGCAUACUAUAUGAACGCAGUUGCGAAGAAACCCGCCCGCCGGAGCGCGUGCGCCACAGAAAAUCAGCAUCAAGACGACUAGACCCCGGGACUUUCCCAAUGUUCAUUCAUUCCCAAGCAGGCUCGCAGAACAAGCCUCAAACAAUAACGCCGCCCGGCGCCACACCGAAAGAUAGCCAUGCCACGUCUGUCACCCAAAGUUCCGCACGCUCUUCCUCCGAAAAUUGGCGGGCUGAUUCCACGCCUCCAUAUUCCACGGGCACAACUCCUCCCGUUCCGACUCGUUUCCCAACUACCGGAGCAGAGAGGAGGGCUAUGAGUCAGACUGUGUCUAUCGCUGCUUCUCCUGACCAGCAGUCGCAGCCACGUAGUGGGUCAGGGCUCGGCUCUGUACUGGCUUCUUCCCUUUCGCGCUCCUUCACAUUUGGGCCCUCGUCGGCCUCGCCUCCAGGACACGCCUUGUCCAGGAAAAAGCAAAGCCCGGGCGGUAGCCCUAACGCCAAUCCGGGCACAUGGGGAACGAAUGCCUUUGCCGCGAAGCCAGUGACAGCAGUUCCAGAAUAUCUCACUACAUCCACUGCGCUCACUUCACGAACGCAUUCCGACAGCGGAAGCGACAGGGCACAAGUUUCCAAGCCCGCAGGAAGGCUUCAGGUGAGACUGAAGAAUCAAGGCGCUUUUGACUGUGAUGGAGGGGGUUCACGAAACUCGUUCAUUGAUGCCAGCAAAGAGCGGUUAUACCGCGCGUACCGUGUAGCAUACGCUCACAUGCUCUCAAUAUGGGGUUUACCGGUACAGCGCAGCGAAGUCCUAAAGAUCGGCAGAACCAAUAAUCCAGGCAGCGUCCCAUGGCGCCCCAGGGCCCACAAAGACUCGUUCUCGUUCUCCAGUCUCCCCAACCGGCCAUCCACCGCCCCAGGCACCGGUCGCGCCGAGGGACUAGAAAUCCAAAGACACUGCAGCGGGUGCGGAAAGGCCCUCCAGGUAUCCAUCUUCUCGACGCAAGCAAUGGCAGAAGAGGCCAUCAGACACCGAAUCAAGGGCAACACCCUACCACCCACCUGUCUAAACUGCAAACCCAAACACGCGCUCGCCUUCAAACUCCCCUGCAUCAUCUGCGGCGAAGUAGUCGAAGGCAUGCUAAUGCCCUGUCUCGGCUGCGGCCACGUCUGCUGCUUCACCUGCCACGCAGGCUGGUUCUCCACAGCCACCACCACACCAACCUCCAAUAACGACGACGCCCCCGCCCAAGACGCAGAGUACUGCCCCAGCGGCUGUGGCUGUCGCUGCUCCGAAUACGCCGUCACAGACAUCGCCGCCCCCUGGAGUCCCUCCUCCCCAACCCUAAGCAGCGACAACAACGGCGGCAACAACCCCCUCAACCGCACCACCAACCGCAACAAUAGCAACCGCCGCUCCGACGGCUCCAGCCGAAACGGCGACAUCCUCGCCGCCAACGUCGGCCAGCACGAAGAUGACCUCGACCACUGGCAGGCGAGUCCGUUUGCGUCGCUGGCGAGAGGUCUCGGGGGUGGAUUGAGUCGGGGUUUGCGUGCGAAGGACGAAAGACGCAAGUCAAAGCCGGCUAGUGCUGCGAAUUUUGUGCCGAGGAAGACGGCACUGAAUCAGGUUGAGUAUUGAUUUGGCUUUCAUCUUUUUGUGUGUGUGUGUGGAUUUGGCGAGUGUAUGUUGUUGUUGUUAAUGGUUGUAUGUUGUUUAUUUACUUGUUUUUUUUUUUGGUUGUUUGCUUGUCUGUUUUAUAUACCCCGAUGCUUGCGUCUGUUUUGGACGUGGGAUUUAUUUAUACUUGUAUUAUUAGGAAGGAAGGUGGUG